GGAAAAGAAACAAGAGACUCACCAUUACCGCAUUCCCCUUGUCCUCCACAUCAUUUCUACACCAAAAAAGGCUCUAAACCAUAUCUCCACCUAAUACUUGCAGGCUUUCGUCUCCUCAACCCUAAAUUCCGCGAUGCCUUCGCCAUAGCUUCACUGCCUGGGGAAAAAAACAAAGCUUCUCUCUCGUAAUGCGUUAAUUGCGUGUGCCGUUUUAUUUUCUCCACUGAAAUACAAGGAUCCGACUCCGAUCGUCCUCGUUUAUUUCAUUGCAGAGGUUUUCUGCUGUCUCUGGGGCGACUCAAGUGGGUUAUGAUUUGAAUGGGGAGAGGAUGCCAGAGUUGAGAAGUGGAGCUAGAAGAUCGAAACGACUUGGUGAUCUUCAGCCUGCCCCACUGCCUGUUGAUCAAGGAGAGAAUUGUGCACAACCUGCUCCAACUAGAGCCAGGAGGAGGGUUGGAGGUGGAAGAGGACGUGGUAAUGCCACAGCUGUAGCAAAAGGACCUUCACCAGCGGUACCCACAAGGCGAACUGCAGCUGGUCGAGGUCGGGGAGUAAGAUUAAUUAAUCUUGACCCUGAACCUUGUGAGGUCCUGCCUGAUCAAGUUGGACUAGGAGCCCCAGAACCCCUACGUGUUGAGGCAGCGGCCAACAAUAAAAUUGUGAUGGAAGGUGGAAGUGCAGACAAGGUGGUUGGAGCUGAAGAGGAAGCUACCACGACCCCUAUUCCUGAGAGGGUUCAAGUUGGUACUUCUCCAAUGUACAAGAUUGAAAGGAAAUUGGGUAAGGGUGGUUUCGGUCAAGUGUAUGUCGGCAGAAGGGUAAGUGGUGGCUCUGAUCGGACAGGUCCUGAUGCAAUUGAGGUUGCACUGAAGUUUGAGCACAGAAAUAGUAAAGGUUGCAAUUAUGGACCUCCUUAUGAGUGGCAGGUCUACAAUACUUUGAAUGGGUGUUAUGGCAUUCCCUGGGUUCAUUACAAGGGUCGACAAGGAGAUUUCUAUAUUCUGGUCAUGGACAUGCUUGGACCCAGUCUUUGGGAUGUAUGGAAUUCACUUAGCCAAUCGAUGUCACCAAAUAUGGUUGCCUGCAUUGCUGUGGAAGCAAUAUCAAUUCUUGAGAAGCUCCACAUGAAAGGGUUUGUGCACGGAGAUGUAAAACCAGAAAACUUUUUACUUGGUCAACCUGGAACGGCUGAUGAGAAGAAGCUAUAUCUUAUUGAUCUUGGGUUGGCUUCAAGAUGGAAGGAUGCAUCAUCUGGUCAGCAUGUUGACUAUGACCAGAGACCUGAUAUUUUCAGGGGAACAAUAAGGUAUGCCAGCGUGCAUGCACAUUUAGGUAGGACAGGAAGUCGAAGGGAUGAUCUUGAGUCACUGGCCUACACGCUAAUAUUUCUCAUAAAAGGGAGGUUACCGUGGCAGGGUUAUCAGGGUGACAAUAAAAGUUUUCUUGUCUGUAAGAAGAAGAUGUCCACUUCUCCGGAGUUAAUGUGUUGCCUUUGUCCCGCCCCAUUCAAACAGUUCCUUGAAGCUGUUACUAACAUGAGAUUUGAUGAAGAGCCAAAUUAUUCCAAGCUUAUAUCUUUUUUUGAAAGCUUGAUUGAACCAUGUGUACCAAUGAGACCGAUCAGAAUUGAUGGAGCUUUAAAGGUUGGACAAAAGCGUGGGAGGAUGCUUAUUAACCUGGAAGAAGAUGAGCAGCCAAAGAAGAAAGUACGCAUGGGGAGUCCUGCUACACAGUGGAUUUCAGUCUAUAAUGCACGUCGUCCCAUGAAGCAAAGGUACCAUUACAAUGUGGCAGACACAAGACUUCGUCAGCAUGUAGACAAGGGUAAUGAGGAUGGGUUGUAUAUCAGCUCUGUGGCCUCCUCAUCAAAUCUGUGGGCCCUAAUCAUGGAUGCAGGAACAGGUUUUUCUUCCCAGGUGUAUGAAUUGUCACCUGUCUUCCUGCAUAAGGACUGGAUUAUGGAACAGUGGGAGAAAAAUUAUUAUAUCAGUUCAAUAGCUGGUGCAACUAAUGGGAGUUCCUUGGUCGUCAUGUCAAAGGGAACUCCUUACACACAGCAAUCCUACAAAGUGAGUGAAUCAUUUCCCUUCAAAUGGAUUAAUAAGAAGUGGAAAGAAGGAUUCCAUGUUACCUCCAUGACUACUGCUGGCAGUCGCUGGGGUGUUGUAAUGUCCAGGAAUGCUGGGUAUUCUGACCAGGUUGUGGAGCUUGACUUUCUAUAUCCAAGCGAAGGAAUACACCGACGAUGGGAAAAUGGCUACCGGAUAACAUCCAUGGCUGCUACUGCUGAUCAGGCAGCUUUUAUACUGAGCAUACCAAAACGCAAGCUGCUUGACGAAACUCAAGAGACUCUGCGCACCUCUGCCUUCCCUAGCACCCACGUAAAGGAAAAAUGGUCCAAGAAUCUCUAUAUUGCAUCAAUUUGUUACGGGCGGACUGUGUGCUAGUUUCUGGGACAUGAAUUUUGGCAUAUCCUUGGAAGAAAGGAAUCAAAAUCAGAAAGGUGAGAGGGCUUAUGAGAAACAUUAAGAUGGAAUGGGUUGCUUUUCUUUUGCCCUCAGUUAUUGAUGGGGAUCCCGGGCCUUCCUGACGAAUUUUUCCUCAUUAAUUGGUAAAGAACAAAAAUGGAAUGGGAUAGCAUAUUUGAUGUACCCCAACCAACUCCGGCCAAUGGGAAAAGAUCAGUUAAAAGUAUUCUGAUGUAAUAGAAAGGCUGGCUAAUCGGCCUUGUUCCGUGAAUGUGCUUCAAACAAUUUGCGAUUUUGUAUGUAAUGAUAUAUAUUUCUUUACCAUCUUUCAGCUCCAUAUAUGAUUGCCUUGGGUUUUGAA